AUGGCGACACUUCUUCCUCCUCCGAAAAGACCAAAACUAUAUCACGGCGUCACAAAGCCCGAGCCCGAGCCUCUCAAAGCAUCACCUAAUGUCGUGGUUCAAUUUGUGAAUGAACAUGAUGGCACACCGAUAGCACCUGCUGUGAACCUCCCAGCGAACAUUGCGCGCGAAGGCCUUGAAGUACUCGUCAAUCAGCUACGCACAAAGGACGACGAUGAGCACGUACCAUUUUCCUUUCAUGUUGCUCUACCUGAGGAGGCAAUGAAACCAAAUGCGCCAACGCGAAUCGUGAUAUCUAAAUCGAUAGAAGUGGAUGUUCUAGCACACGCAUCUCAUGCAUUCUCAGAAGAAGACGUCCUGGUAGUACGCUGCGCUCCACAGUCUGUAUUUAAAGUUCGCCCAGCUACUCGAUGUUCUGCCACACUUUCAGGACAUUCUUCGCCGAUCUUAUGCGCUUCAUUCUCCCCCACCGGCAAUUUACUUGCGACUGGUUCAGGUGACACGCAUGUGCGCCUAUGGGACCUUUAUACGGAAACACCGUCGCACACGUUGACCGGCCACACUGGGUGGGUACUGUGCGUGGAGUGGGAUCCACUAGAACGCAAAUUGGCAAGUGGUGGCCACGAUGGCCUUGUAAGGCUAUGGGAUCCUAAGACCGGAAAACCGCUGGGCGAUGCAAUGAAGGGCCAUUCAAAAUGGGUGACGUCCUUGGCAUGGGAGCCCGUACACUUAAACCCAUCUACUCCACGGUUGGCAUCCUCGUCUAAGGACGGAACUGUGCGAGUAUGGUCGACGGCUACACGAAAACUAGAAUACACACUUGGGGGUCAUACUGCAAGCGUAAAUGUUGUCAAAUGGGGAGGCGGCGGUUUAGAUGGCCAUGGAGUACUCUAUACGGCCAGUAGUGACCGUACGGUCAGAGUAUGGGAUGCACGAGGGGGAAAACAACUUCAUAUUCUGAAAGACCAUGCUCAUUGGGUCACCACUCUUGCUCUCAAUACGGAUUUCGUACUUCGUACUGGACCAUUCGAUCACACCGGAAAGCGUCCAUCGUCGGAUGAGGAAGCUCAAGCACUUGCUCUCAAAAGAUACACCGCGCUAGUGUCACGAACACCAGAGCUGCUGAUAUCAGGGUCAGACGACCACACACUCUUCCUUUGGUCUUUAUUUGCAUCGUCGAAUGCGGAACCGGGAGGGGGUAAAACUAAGCCCUUGACCCGUUUGACUGGCCACCAACGGCAAGUAUCCCACGUCGCCUUCUCCCCCGAUGGUCGAUGGGCAGCUAGUGCUGGGUGGGAUAGUGCAGUGCGACUAUGGGAUUGCUCAGGUGCUGGGCAACUGGGCAAGUUUGUAGCUACACUGCGCGGACACGUUGGCCCCGUUUACAGACUUGCGUGGAGUGCAGACUCACGAAUGCUGGUAAGCGCCAGCAAGGAUGCGACAGUCAAAAUUUGGGACCUCAAAACGUACAAAAUUAAGUCGGACCUUCCUGGUCAUACAGACGAGGUCUACUGCGUGGAUUUCGUUGCUGAUAAAGUUGUCAGCGGGGGUCGCGAUCGGACUGUGAAGAUAUGGAAGAAUUAG